AAAAAAAGAACCAACUAGUACUGCAGCCAAUAGUAUUCUCGCCUUCAUCAGCUUAUUUAGGGGACGUUCCGAAAUUCGUCACUGGCAGAUGCGACUAUCGUUGCCUCGUUGCCUCUGUUAUAUCUCCAGUCAAACACUAUCUACUGUUGUUAACUUUUGUACUGGAAUGAUAAUUCAAGUUUUGGAUUUUUUUUCCUUACGUUCUUGCAAACGUCAAUGCGCAUGAAUGUCAUGUAUACGUAUCGGAAAGAGCCAUAUUGGUUCCAAGCGAAUAACGUUGAACUAUGGUUUUGCUUUGUAUAUUUUGUAUUGUAAAACUUGAUGAUUGGUAAUUAUACUUUACCUAAACGACCUAAACUAAGAGGAAAAUUCUGCAGAAUCGAGAAUGGUUGAAUCAAGUUGAAUUUGGAUAAAUAGACAGCAGUGAAUUCAUUUGUUGGAUUCUAUCUGCAUGUUUUAAUAUUUGUGAUAGUGAUAAAGAGAAACUUAAAGUACAAGCAAAGAUGGUUGUGUGUAAAUACUUUCAACAAGGCACUUGCCGGUUUGGGCAAUAUUGUCGAUUUGAACAUAUAAAUAAUUUUGGUGCUAAUACUGCUGCUCGAGGAAAGACGCAUCUAGAUGGUAAAAGUAUUGUUUUAGGAGUAGCGGAGGAAGUGCUUGCUGCAGAAAGGGGUGGACAAUGGCUUCUUUCUUGUUUUGGGCCUUUCAAAGAACAGCCAUCAAUUGCUGGUAUGGAAGAUUUAUCACCUGAUGAAGUUCGAUGGGAAAUGUACCAAGCACAGCUGAAUGGAACGGCUGACCAGAUGAAACUUCAAUUUCAACAACUGUGUCAAGAAAUGAAAGUCAAGCGUGAUGCACUAAAGAAUCCUACACCAGAAAUUAUAUCUAUGCUGGAAAAAAUACAAAAAGGUCAUCAAGGUGGAUUUGGUUCAGGAACAAAUGCUGCUGCUAAGCCAAGCAACUUCUCUUUUGCUACACCUCAGCUCAGUUUGGCUAACAAUACAACACCUACUGGAACAGCAACAACGUCAAAUCCAUUUGGGUCUCAAUUUGGAAGUAAUGCAAAUCCGUUUGCAAACAGCUUCGCACCAGCAGCAGCCACUCAAGGAACCUCCAUUUUCGGCAGAUCCGGAAAUACAAACCCUGCCUUUAAUGCGAAACCAACUUUUGGAAGCGCACCUGUAUUUGGUAACACAACAUUCGGAAAAUUUACACCACAGAGUUCCGUAUUUGGCGGAGUCGCCGUUACAAAUUCAACUUCACUAUUUGGCCAGACGCAAGCCCAGUCAAAUUCAUUCUUAAGACCACAGAGUCAACCGACAAAUUCUAAUGUGUUUGGCACAACAACCAGUUCCACUGUUUUCAGUGGAGCAACAUCACCAGGUGGAUCAAUAUUUGGUGGUGCCGCUCCAAUACAAACCUCAACAACUUCUAUGUUUGCCGCAAAACCUGCCACGAGUUCAAUCUUCGGUGGUUCCACUACCACUUUUGGUGCUGCAUCUGCACCUGCAGCUUUUGGUUCUGCUCCUGUAUUCGGUUCAACACCUACUUUCGCCAAACCCUUUUCUGCAUCACCAUUACCACCACCAACAACAGCAAAUUCCAUGUUUGGCGGAUCACCAACCUUUGGAGCGACUCCCUUUGGAACAGCACAAGCAUUUUCAACAGUCGGUGCUCCAACAACCAGUGCUCCAAUAUUUGCUAAUGCUACACCCUUUGGAACAUUUUCCAAGGCUCCAACUUUUGCAAAGCCCAAUACAUAUGGAAAUUUCGGAGUAAAUUCAACCAAUACCCCUGAUUCUGGAACGAACCUAGCUGCCUCUUUGCCUGCGAAUUCGCCAUUUCAUACAAAUUCCACUCAAUCAAUGAAUCCUGUUGAUUCGCCUUUUGCACCAGCCUAUUCUACACCCACGAGCAGUGUAGUUGUCAAUCCUUUCAGUCAAAGGACCCAGACAAUUUCAUCCCCAUUUUCUCAAAAUCCUUUUACUCCAGCUGCCUCACAAAGUCCAUUCUCGAAACCAUUCUCUUCGGCUUCAGCUAGUAUAAUAGAUGACAAUGUUUACAGCGACGACAAUCAAUUAACCGAUGACGAGAAGCGAUUUUACAUGGCUGAGCAAUUUGAAUUAGGAAAAAUUCCUCUAAAGCCACCUACAAAAGAUCUUAGAUAAUUUGGCUGUGUUAUUUAACGUAUAAGAAUUUACCACUUACGCCUUAAGUAUAUUCUACGAAUGUAUAUAAUGUACAUAAAACAGACUUUCCAAGAUAAUAAAAACGUUUAGUUUCUUUCA